AUACUUCCGUACGGUACGCUUCGCUAGUUUCCGUUGUAUUGUUUUGGUGAAAGUGUGUAAAUUCAAAUCGUUCUUUCAGAGCAAAUCAAGAUAGCUAAAAGAGGAAGAUGGAUGAUCUAAAGGGAUUCUUGCGACAAGCCGGUCAGGAAUUUCUGAAUGCCGCUGGUGAUGCUGCAAUGGGGGCCGCCAAAGAUGUGGUUGGCUCUGUGAUAAACGAGAUAUUUAUCAAGAAGGAGGCCGACACCAAGCGGGUGCUUCCCAGCAUCAAGAACAUGAGAGUCUUGGGUGAGACAAGCUCGAAUCUGGGACCCUACUCUGAGGUGCAGGACUAUGAUACAAUCUUGAAGAGCUGUCUAUCCAGCGGAUCACUCUUUGAAGACCCCAUCUUCCCGGCUGGGAAUGAGGCCCUUAUGUUCUCUCGUCGGCCAGAUCGUCACAUCGAGUGGUUGAGGCCCCAUGAAAUCGCAGACAAUCCCCAGUUUUUUGUAGAGGGAUUCUCCCGAUUUGAUGUCCAACAGGGCGAACUUGGAGAUUGCUGGCUCCUUGCAGCCACCGCCAACUUAACGCAGGAAGCCACUUUGUUCUUCCGCGUCAUUCCACCCGAGCAGAGCUUCGAGGAGAACUAUGCUGGAAUAUUUCACUUCCGUUUCUGGCAGUACGGUAAAUGGGUAGAUGUGACUAUUGAUGAUCGUUUGCCAACCUCUCGUGGGGAGCUAGUAUAUAUGCAUUCCACUGAGAAAAACGAAUUCUGGAGUGCGCUCUUGGAGAAGGCCUAUGCCAAACUUCAUGGCUCCUAUGAGGCUCUCAAAGGUGGUAGCACGUGUGAAGCCAUGGAGGACUUUACUGGCGGUGUCAGCGAGUGGUACGACCUCAAGGAGGCGCCCGGUAAUCUCUUUACAAUAUUACAAAAAGCGGCGGACCGUAAUUCAAUGAUGGGCUGUUCAAUUGAGGCGGAUCCCAAUGUGCUAGAAGCGGAAACUCCUCAGGGGUUAAUUCGUGGACACGCAUACUCUAUUACCAAGGUCUGCUUUAUAGAUAUAGUAACACCAAAUCGGCAGGGUAAAAUACCAAUGAUACGCAUGCGAAACCCAUGGGGAAAUGAAGCCGAGUGGAAUGGUCCUUGGAGCGACAGCUCCGCUGAGUGGCGAUAUAUCCCUGAAGAACAGAAGCAGGAAAUUGGUCUCACUUUCGAUAGAGAUGGCGAGUUUUGGAUGUCAUUCCAAGAUUUCCUUCACAAUUUCGACAGAGUUGAGAUUUGCAAUUUGUCUCCGGACUCGUUGACAGAGGACCAACAGCAAAGUGGCAAGCGCAAGUGGGAGAUGUCCAUGUAUGAGGGUGAAUGGACCCCAGGCGUUACAGCUGGCGGGUGCCGCAAUUUCCUGGAUACUUUCUGGCACAAUCCCCAAUAUAUUAUUACGUUGGUGGAUCCUGAUGAGGAUGACGAGGAGGGACACUGCACAGUUAUUGUUGGCCUAAUGCAGAAAAAUCGUAGAUCAAAGCGCAAUAUGGGAAUGGAAUGUCUGACCAUUGGUUUUGCCAUUUACAACCUUAACGAGCGCGAACUGGAGAACCGCCCACAAGGCCUCAACUUCUUUCGGUAUAAGUCGUCGGUUGGACGUUCUCCCCAUUUUAUUAACACCCGAGAAGUGUGCGCCCGGUUCAAGUUGCCUCCCGGACACUAUCUGAUUGUGCCUUCCACUUUUGAUCCGAACGAGGAGGGAGAAUUCAUCAUUCGAGUAUUUUCCGAAACCCAAAAUAACAUGGAAGAGAAUGAUGAUCAUGUGGGGUACGGUGGCAAGGGCGACACGAUAACACCGGGAUACCCAACACCAAAGCCAUUGGAUCCUCAGAAGGAGAGCUUGCGACGUUUGUUUGACAGCAUCGCCGGAAAGGAUAUGGAAGUUGAUUGGAUGGAGCUGAAACGUAUACUGGAUCACUCGAUGAGAGAUGACUUGCCAAAGCCAAUUGUUUAUAAUCGAUUUUCCAACAACAAUGCAUUUGAGACUCAGGCAGGCCCUGGCGAAGACGGCGGUGGCGCCUGUGGACUUUUGUCACUGAUAUGUGGCCCAUUCUUAAAAGGUACACCAUUCGAAGACCAGCUGGGAGCGAAUGACCCGUCGAGUAAGAGGCUAAUGGGCGAUAACCCAUCGGAUGGUGGCGCCAUAACGUCAGGUGCAAUCGUCGACGAGACUCACGGCUUUUCUAAGGACGUAUGUCGCUCCAUGGUGGCCAUGUUGGAUGCUGAUAAAUCUGGAAAGCUAGGAUUCGAAGAGUUUGAAACUUUGCUGUCGGACAUCGCCAAAUGGAAGGCCAUCUUUAAGGUCUACGAUGUUGAGAACACUGGCAGGGUGUCAGGAUUUCAGCUUCGGGAAGCACUUAAUUCUGCUGGCUAUCACUUAAACAAUCGGGUGCUGAACGUUUUGGGCCAUCGAUAUGGUUCCAGAGACGGACAAAUUGCCUUUGAUGAUUUCAUCAUGUGUGCAGUUAAAAUAAAAACAUAUAUAGAAAUAUUCAAGGAGAGGGAUACUGAGAAAAAUGAAACAGCCACGUUUACAUUGGAGGAAUGGAUCGAACGUACAAUAUAUUCUUAAGCCAGUGCCGAUUAACACCUAGCUAGCGAAUUUGUUUGAGCCCACAUUUACAAGUAAUCUCAUUCUGUUUGAAUCGUAUUCAUAUUGUUGCGAUACUUGGCACUAUAUGUAUACAUAGUACAAAGCUAUUUUCAUACCAAUAAUAUGUUGCCGGCCGAAAUUGCAAAUGUUUUCUGCUCUUUAAUAUCUAUUGUCAAAUCCCCGAGAUAUUUUGAAUACAAAACUAAACAUUUAUGUCUCUCCGAAUUAUAAAAUAGGUAUAUAAAUUUACACGGUGUGAACUUAUUCAAUUUAAUUUCAUCUACUAAAUCAGCAUUUAAAACCAACUGCUAAUUUCAAAUAUUAGUUGUAUUUUCAAUCGUCAUUCAGGGGUAUUUUGGGUAUUUAUUUAUAAAUUUAAUAUGAUACAAUAUUUAUUCGCCGAGCAGAUCAAAUUAACGCCAUCCAUUAUUAAUAAAAUUCGCAUUUGUUUAGUAGUUGAAUUUAUUUUAUUUUUUGUUGUGAUUGAAUCUAGCACCAACAUAAUGUGCAAUGAGUGAAGCAUUAUAUUGAUCAAAUAUAAAUCACAUUAAAACAUAAAACACACCCGAAAUAAUUAUUAUAAAAUGAACAUUUAGUAGUAUUAGAUUGGGCUGAUUAUCUAUAAAUAUCAUUACUAGGCAUCUACAAUCAUAAACGCGUCUUUUUUUUCUUAAAUUAUUUUGACUACAUGACGAGGAGAGAAUGCGGCCGGCCGAGUCGUCAAUCUUGAGGGAUUACUAUGUGAGUAACUAACUAUAAGCAAAAUUCUCGAAUAGUUCGCAGAAAAGUUAUUUUAGUGUAUACAUAUUUUGAUUUAUAAUAUAUGUACAUCAGUUUCAUGCAAUCAUGCGGAUUAAAGAUAGACACACAGAGCG